GUUAAUAAGACUGUACGUGUCGAAAUCUAAGAGCUCACGAGCUAUUUCAUACCCUCCCAACCGUUCAUUCAUCUUCUCCUACCAAUAAAUACUUAUUUUGGGGGUCCCCCUUUCUUCUUGGUAGGGCUAGCAGUGGCAGAAGAUAAAAGUGGGGCUGCCUUUUCUUCUUCUUUUCUUUUUUCUUUUUUUCUUUUUUUCUUUUUUUCACACCUCUAGGGUUUGUUCUCUCUUCUAUGUACUUUAUUUAUUUAUUUAUUCAAAAAUUAUCUGCUCUUUCUUUGCUUGCUUUUGUCCCCAUCUCUUUAAUCUUUCACAGCAGGUAGAAAAAGAAAGGAAAAGAAAAGAAAUAAUCAGAACCCCAGUCAACUUAACCCUUCUGGGUCUUCUAUCGAGAUUUUCUGGGUUUUUGCUUAAUUGUUUAUCUUGAAUUUCCUUUGUGUGAUAGUUGGUUAAAUCUUUGACAUACAUGGACUCAAACCACCACCACCAUCAUCGUCACCACACCAUAGAAGAAAUUGACCAAGAACAGAGCAUCAGCCCCAAUUUCUCAUCCUCAGAAACUUCUAUGGUGGAGCCUCCUGACCCAGAACCCACCCUUCUUCUAAAAGAAGAAGAACUAACAGACACAGAUGCCCAAGAUAACAACAAUUCUCUCCCAAUUACCCUCUCACAGGUACCUCUCUCGUUAUCAAAAGCCACCAACAAUAAUCGUUCCCUAGCCUCCUCCGCUAAAAGACCAUCCAAGGACAGACACACAAAGGUAGAAGGCCGUGGGCGUAGGAUCCGUAUGCCAGCCACAUGUGCGGCUAGGAUUUUCCAACUUACGCGAGAGUUAGGGCACAAAUCAGACGGAGAAACGAUAAGGUGGCUUCUUGAGCAUGCAGAGCCAGCCAUAAUUGAAGCUACAGGCACAGGUACAGUCCCUGCUAUCGCCGUUUCUAUUAAUGGAACCCUUAAAAUCCCAACAACUUCUCCGGCUAGACCUGAUGGGGAUGAGACGUUGCCCAGGAAGAGACGUAAGAGACCCUCAAAUAGUGAAUUUAUAGAUGUGAAUGAGCACCGCCAACACCAGCAGCAGCAGCAGAGUUCUCUGUCUUCAGGUUUAGCUCCAAUUUCACCAACAAAUACAACAGCGACACUGCAAAAUAACAAUUUUGGUAGUGCGCAAGGGUUGGUGCCGUUUUGGCCUAUGGGGACAUUUGUGUUGCCACAAUCAGCGGGUUUAACAGGAGGUGUUGGUGUUGGUGGGUCCAAUCAACAGCCACAACUGUGGGCAAUACCAGCUAAUGCGACACCGUUUUUCAAUGUGGCUGCUAGACCCAUUUCUAAUUUUGUUUCUGCUAUGCAACCUGGGGUCCAGCUGGGGGCCGGCAUUGGUUUUAAUGUUUCGAAUACAAUAGGAUCGAGUGGGUUGUCUACAGCUUCUCCGUCAUCUUCAUCUUCUCCGAUGGGAUCAAUGAGUUCGAGUACAAGUAAUAGCGGUGGCGGUGGCGGUGGGGGUAAUACUAGUAAUAGUGGUAGUGCCCAAAUGUUAAGGGAUUUCUCAUUGGAGAUAUAUGAUAAGAAAGAGCUUCAAUUCCUGGGUCAACCAAAUAGUCAGCAAACUUCAUGUUCUAAGUCUUGACAAUACGAAAGGUUAUUUGCUUUGUUGGGAUUUCCCAUUAACGAUACAGUGUUUAGAAUUAAGUUAAGUGUAGGGUUUUAGCCCAUUUCCUUGUUUAGAUUUGUGUAAUGCAAUGCUACAAGAACAAAACAAACAAGCCAUGUUUUUGUUUA